AUGCAUGAUAUCGAUGUUGCAAUUCAAAUAAACAUGUUAUUUCUUCCACCAACCAAUGAAUUAAUAAGAGUUGAUAGCAAUUCUAAACAACUCAAUCAACCACAACAGCAACAACAACAACAACAACAACAAAUAAAUAAUGAAAAUGAAAAUUCAAUAAAUAACCAAGAAAAUAAAGAAAACAAUAAUAAAGAUAAUAAUAAUAAUAAUAAUAAAGAAAUUAAACAAUCAUCAGAAUGGGGUUCAAAAUUUUCUUCAUUAUUUUCUAAUAUGACAAAAAAAAAGAAAUCAAACUUUGAUCUUGAAAUGGAUGCAAUUAAGGAUGCAUUUUUAUUAAAUAAACCAAUAAAUAAUGAAGAAGGUCUUUUAAUUUAUUCAUUAGAUAAAUCAAAAAAGUAUAUUCAUUCCCUUAGUGAAUUAGAUAUUGGUUAUGUUUAUUUAACAGAAAAAGAAACUCCAAUAAUUAGACAAAAUGAAGAUGAAGUUAUCUUGGCAAAUAAAGUUAUAAUUCAAGCAAAUACAAUGAAACGUUUUUCAAUUAAAGGUAUUUUACAAAGUGAUGUUACAACAAAUGCAUUAGAAAUAUUUACAAAGAGAAAAAUGUCACAAGGUGUAUUAUUUUUAGAAGAGGAUGGAUCAUUAUGUAGAAUUUUUUAUAAGAUUCAGGAUUUAAUAACUGAUACGAUCUAUUGUAAUCAAGAUGAUACGGUUAUGUUACAAAAGUUACCAAAUAAUGAAGGUAUUAGAUUUAGAUUUAGAGGUAGUUUCAAUAGAGAACAAGUUCAACAAGCAAUGUUAGCAUUUUCACAACCAUCUGAUCCUCAAACUUGGAAGAGAACUAUCAUUCUUAGGGAACAACAACAUCAUUCCUCUCAAUCAUUCACUGGUGAUAGUGUUGCGAGUAGAUUCCUUAAUAAACUAUCAAGUAAGACAAAAGAGGAUGAAGAAAGUAAUGAUUUGAAAACAAAGAGAGAAAAUACAGUUUUAAAAUUAAAAAAUCGUAUGAAAAUCGAUUGGGAUUGGAAAUAUACCUCUACCUCUGUACCAAUUGAUCAAGAACCACCAACUUUUAUUGAUAAUAUGGUAAAUCGUGUUCGUGAAAAAAUUUCUGGUUCAAAUAAUAAAUUAUCAGAUUUAUUAUCAUCUGCAAAGAAACAACCACAACAACAACCACAAAAGGAUGUUACUUCUUCUUCUUCCUCCUCCUCAAAUUCAUCAAGUCCAUAUUUAGAUAGUGUUGAUAAAUUAGUAAUUACAACAAAUGAUAGUAGUUCUUCAAAUCCAUUACCAGAUUUUGAUAAACUUUCAUUAUCAUCAGAUGAUAAAGUUAAUAAUAAUAAUGUACAAAUUGAAAAUACUACACCAUCAGUUCCACCACCUCCACCUGUUGGUGCUCCACCCCCACCACCCCCACCUCCACCUCCACCACCACCACCUCCACCAUCAACAUUAAAAUUAAAUCGUAAUCGUAUAAGUACACCAAAGAAACCAAAUAAUAGUGGUGGUGGUGGUGGUGGUGGACAAUUAACACCAUUACAAAAGAAAAUGAGACAACUUCAUUGGAAUGCAAUUCCAAGAGAGAAAUUAAAAGAAACAUUUUGGGAUAAUUUAUCACCAGUUAAAGGUAAUGAUAAUGAUCAAACUUUAGUUGAAUCUUGGUUUUCAUUAUCACCAAUGGCAAAAGAAAAAAUGAGUAAAGAAAAUUUAAAUAAUAGUAAUAAUAAUAAUAAUAACAAUAGUAAUAAUAAUGGUGAGGAACAAUCACUUUCUGAUAGUGGUAAUACAAUAGUAAUUUCAAAAAUUAUAAUUUUAGAUUUAAGAAGAUCAAAUAAUAUUUGUAUUUUAUUAUCACAAUUUAAAUUAUCAUAUGGUGCAAUUAAAGAGGCAAUUUUAUGUUUUGAAGAUGGUAAAUUAUCAGUUGAACAAUUGAUUGCAUUGGAUGCAAUGUUACCAAUCUCUGAAGAGGAAUAUCAAUCACUUUCAAGUGCAAACUAUCAAUCGAUUGAACAACUCGGAAAUGCAGAGAGAUUCCUCAUUGAGAUGAUGUCCAUUCAACACUUACAACAAAGAGUUCAAACUUAUCUUUUCAAAUUAGAGGUUUGCUCAUUACUCGAUUCAAUUGAAAUCAAUAAUAAUCAAUUAUCAAAAGCAAUUGAACAGUUGAGAAAUAGUCGUAAAUUCAUUAAAGUUUUAAAAGUUAUUUUCCAUAUUGGUAGUAUUUUAAAUCGUGGUACUUAUUUAAAUUCAACAAAAGGUUUCAAAUUGGAUUCUCUCUCGAAAUUGUCUGAAACUAAAUCAAAAGAUCAAAAACAUACCGUUGUUGAUUUCAUUGAAAUUUACAUUCGUGAGAAUCAACCUGAACUUUUAAAUUUCUAUUCCGAAUUGGAUUUAUUAGAUAAAAUACCUCAAUCAUCAUUAGAGAAUAUUUUAGAGGAAUCAAAUGAAAUUGAAAAUAAAUUUAAACAAGUUGAUCAAGAAAUUCAAUAUCAUCAACAACUUUUAACAAAUGAUAAUAAUAAUACUUUAUCAUCAUCAUCAUCAUCAUCAUAUGAUCAAUCUAAAGAUACUUAUCUUAAAGUUAUGUCACCAUUUUAUGAUACUUUUAAUACUCGUUUCAUUACUAUUAAACAAUCAACUCAACAAACUCUUAAACAAUUCCAAGAAUGUUGUAUUUACUUUGGUGAAGAUCCCCAAAAUAUCACCUCAAAAGAUUUCUUUUCAAAUAUUGUUAAAUUUUCUAUCGCUUUUAAAAGUAGUAGUAAUAAUGCCAAAAAAUCUUUAAAUUUAUCAACUUUAAAUUCUAAAUAA